AUGAAUGGAAGACCAAGUGCUUACAUGAAAGCUCAUAGGGGCUUCAGGCAAGGUGAUCCCAUCUCACCUCUUCUCUUUGUCCUAAUAAUGGAACAACUUCACAGGUGGUUGAAUAAAUUGAAGGAUAAACCUAAUUUCAAAUAUCACGCCAAAUGUGUGAAGCUUCACAUCACCAAUAUAUGUUUUGCUGACGAUCUCAUCUUGUUUGCAAGAGGGGAUGAAAAUUCAGUACAAAUCAUGAUGCAGGAACUCCAUAACUUCUCUGAUGCAACUGGAUUAAUGGCCAACCCUGCCAACUACAAGGUAUAUUGUGGUGGUAUGCAUACUAGUGAAAUCCAUAAGAUUCUGCAGAUAACUCGAUGCAGUGUUGGAACCCUUCCAUUCAAAUAUCAACUUAUUCGAAAUGUUCUGUUUUCUAUCACUUCCUAUUGGAUGCAUGUAUUCCUGAUACCGAAGAAAGUGAUUAAGCACGUAGAGGCUUUGUGUAGAAACUUCAUUUGGAGAGGAACUCAAGAAAUCACAAAGAAGGCACAUGUGGCUUGGGAUUUUGUAUGUAAUCCUAGAGGUGCAGGAGGUCUAAGUAUCACCUCCUUGAGAGAAUGGAACAUAACUACUAUGGGGAAGCUUAUAUGGAACAUUCAAGCUAAAGCUGAUAAGCUAUGGGUUAAGUGGAUCAAAAUGUACCAUCUAAAGAAUCAGAAUGUGAUGGAUUGGCAUCCUAAAAACUGCUCUUGGAUUGUAACCAACAUUUUGAAGCAUAGAGAUAGUAUCAAACAGACACGAGCUUAG